AUGGCUUUCCUCAUUGCGUGCGCCGGAUUCGAUGUACGAACGAUUCGGAUGAAGGAGAGAUACAUGCUUAUGGGCGUUUGGCUGGUGUCCAUCCUCGUGGAUCUCGUACUAUUAUCAGAGACACCGAGCAUGAUAUUCAGCGGACACGCAGCCCUCUUCAGCGCCGUGUAUAUCUGGAUCACACAGAUUGAUGACAGGCAUCACGACGAGUUUGUUUUAAGCACGGCAGGUGCCUUCACCUUCGUCGUAUCACUGGGACAGAGCGCGUUCUCCGAAGGCGCAACUCUAGCGACUGUACCCUUCAUAGCAUGCAGCGUCACCAACGCCAUGUUCCUCAUUUGCAGACAAGCUAUGGCACCGGCUAUCAACCCUCGUUCCAUUGUCGAACACGGGUGGCCCGCUGGUGUGACACUCGCCAUCACCGGGUCUUGGGCUCUCGGAAGGAAGAACUGUGGCCUUGCAGAAGUUGCUGUCACAGGAGCCAUCUAUUGGGUUAUCCUUACAAUCAUUGCACGGCACGUUGAGAUUGCUCAGACGCCGGGUAUUGCAAACACACGUGUCCAUGCACAUAGGCAUUUGGAUCAGAAGAAAAGUACGGCAUUGGAUACCUAUAUCGCACCAAUUCUUGCUGUGGAUGAUUCCCGUCAAAUCUUCUACUUCCUCCUUUUGAACCUAUCCUUCAUGUUCGUGCAGAUGCUAUACGGUAUUUGGAGCAACAGUUUGGGGCUCGUAUCUGAUAGUAUUCAUAUGGCUUUUGAUUGCUUGGCAUUAGCUGUGGGACUACUUGCUGCAGUCAUGAGUAAAUGGCCAAGUUCUGCUGCAUACCCCUAUGGAUUUGCAAAGAUGGAGGUCCUCAGUGGUUUUGCAAACGCAAUUUUCCUAGUUCUCAUCUCUAUCUCGAUCGUGUUUGAGGCGAUCGACCGCUUGUCCGAACCGCCUGAGAUGAACACCGACAAGCUGCUGCUGGUCAGCGCUUUAGGUUUAGGUGUCAAUCUUGUCGGGAUCUUUGCUUUCAAUCAUGGUCAUGCCCACGGUCACAGUCACGGCGGCCACAGUCACGGCGGCCACAGUCACGGCGGCCACAGUCACAGCGAUAGCCAUGGCCAUGGCCAUAGCCACAACCACGAUCAUUCGCAUGAGCAUUCACACGCGCAAGACUCGCACUCCCACUCGACCACCGGAGGGCAUGAUCAUCACCAUGAUCAUGAUUGCCAUCAUGACCAUGCACCCACUCACAACCACAGUCAUGCUGGGCAUAGUCACCACGGACACGACCACAACCACAACAUGCAAGGUAUAUUCUUGCAUAUUCUUGCAGAUACCAUGGGAAGUGUUGGCGUUAUCGUGUCAACUCUUCUUAUCAAAUGGACCGGAUGGACAGGUUGGGACCCUGUUGCAUCGCUGAUGAUUGCAUUCCUCAUCACUGUUUCUGUACUACCACUUAUUGCUUCAUCUGGAAAGGCGUUACUUAUCACUUUGUCACAAAGUCAAGAGCAUGCAUUGCGGGAUGCUUUGGCAGAUGUCAGUAUUAUGAAAGGUGUUCUAAGUUACAGUGAGCCGCGGUUCUACCCUAUCGGUGAGAACCUCAGCGGGUCUGUAAAAGUGAAGGUCGGCAUUGAUGGCGACUUGGAGACGGUAAGGGAGAAGGUAGAGAAGAAGCUGCGCGAGAGCGUACCUGGGCUCAAAGAGCUCGUUGUACAAGUUGAGAGGGGCGUUUAG